GUAGUCAACCACCCAACGCAGGAGACUGGGGGAUGUUAAACUUUUCCUGGGUACACAAUCAUCAUUGUAGGAAUAUUGAUCCACAGCGACCAUACAUUUGUUGCAUCUCACCGGGAUUAUCAUUCUUUGAAGUUUUACUUGGCCUACUCAUGUUUUUCUUUUAUCAGAAAGUGACUGAAGAAUCAAGGAACCAGUAAUGGAUCAGAACCUGUUUGGAGGGGCACCUAGGUUCCUUACCCGGCCCAAAGCCUUUGCGGUGUGUGUGGGCAAGGAUGCCACCCUGAGCUGCACUAUUGUGGGCAACCCCACCCCGCUGAUUACCUGGGAAAAGGAUAAGCUCAGACUGACCUCCGGGGGACGCUUCAAGAUGGUGAAUGAUGGUGAUAUCUACCGCAUCACCAUCUACGACUUAACCCUGGAGGACAGUGGCCAGUACAUGUGCCGAGCUAAAAACAACGUCGGGGAAGCAUACGCUUGCGUAACUCUUCACGUGGGCCUUCCUCAGGAGAUGGUGGAAAGAGCCCCUGUCUUCAUAGUCAAGCCAACCUCCACCCGGGUGGGCCUGGGGGGCGACGUGCUCUUCUGUUGUCGAGUUGCCGCUUACCCAGAGCCCAAAUUCGACUGGGAGAAGGAUGGGCGUUACCUGGCCGAGACUAACCGCAUCAAGGUGACCUCGGACAACGACAGCAGCUCUUUGAGGAUCCAGAGUGUGCGAAGUUUGGACAGUGGCACGUAUACCUGCCGUGCUCAGAACACAAAGGGCCGUUCACACUCUGCCGCUGCCUUGGUCGUAGACACCCAGGAUUCCCAUCACCUGGGCCAGGACAAGAGCACCUCCCUCCUCUCCCACCUGCAGAAGCGUAAAGAAGGGAUCUCCAUCUACCGCACUGCCGAGACCAGCAGCUCAGCUUACAACUCCACCAUCAAUUCCUCCACAGCCACGAUGGCCACAGACGGGCUGGGCACUUUGGGUCUGGACCACAGGAGCGCGGCACUGGUUAGGCAGCUGCCCAAAGGCGUCUUCACCCGCACCUGCACGGUAACUGAAGGCAAGCACGCCAAGCUCAGUUGCUUCGUCACAGGUCACCCCAAGCCUCACAUCAUCUGGAGAAAGGAUGGAGGGAACAUUGGCGAAGGACGUAGGCACAUUAUGUAUGAGGACCAGGCUGAAAACUUUAUCCUCAAGAUACUGUACUGCAAGCAAAGCGACAAUGGCCUGUACACUUGUAAUGCCUCCAAUAUGGCUGGACAGACCUACAGCGCUGUGUUGGUGAUUGUUAAAGAGCCCAAGGUGCCAUUCAGGAGAAAGUUGCAGGAUGUGGAGGUCCAGGAAAAGAUGACGGCCACUCUCCUGUGCGAGGUGCCUGUCCCGGCCAUCCAGGCCAGCUGGUUCAUGGAGGAGACACGUCUGGAGGAGAGCUCCAAGUAUGGCCUUGAAGAGGAUGGCACCUUGCGUCGCCUCACCAUCCGCAACGUCACCACUAAUGAUGAUGCGGUCUACAUCUGCGAGAUGAAGGAGGGAAGCCGCACCGUGGCCGAGCUCACCGUGCUGGGCAACAUCACUAAGAAACUGCCCCGGAGGACCGUAGUGCCAGUGAGUGAUACGGUGAUCUUCUGUGUUGAGCUGGAGCGUCCCUGUCCUGACGCCUACUGGACACGCAACGGCGAGCGCCUGAAGCCGGACACACGCGUAUCCAUCGCGUGCACCCUUCGACAGUACACGCUAACCAUCAGGAACUGCCAGGCCGACGACUCGGGGGAGGUUGCCUUUGUGGCUGGAGACUGCAUGACCUCCACACGGUUUUCUGUCACCGCCGCCAGAAAGCACCCUCCAGAUCCCCCUAUCGACGUGCAGGUGCAAAACAAGACUGACUCCUCCAUCACCCUCCACUGGGCCCCCCCAGACAGUGACCGACCUGUGCCCAUCAAAGGGUACUUAGUAGAAAGGAAGAAGGUUGGAUCCCAGACCUGGCAGAGGUGUAGUGGUAUGGAGGUCAGCCCAUUCCCUGAGAUCACAAUCCAAAACUUCACAGAGGAGGCCAGCUACCAAUUCCGCAUUUCUGCAGUCAACGACUAUGGCCAGAGCCAAUACCUGGAAGUGCCUGGGACCUUCUAUUUCGAGCCCAGUGCAGAGAUAAAGACCGGCCUGAUAAACAGCACAGCCAUAGCUGGGGAAGAGGCCUCCCUCUCUGUUGAUCUGUCUGCCGUGUGCUCAGGGUUCUGGUCUAUCAAUGGACGCCUCCUGCGUAGUGGUGCUGACUACCUCAUUACCAGACAAAAGACCACGCACACACUGACAAUCCGGACGGUCUUGAUGGAGAUGAACGGCGCUCUGGUCAAAUUUGUUGGCGGUGGCUCCGAGAGCACUUGCACACUCAAAGUGAUGGCUCAACCUGCUCGGUUCACCAGUAAGUCAGCUCAAACCGAGGUGGUGAUCUGCAGCGCCCAGUCCUCCGCCCAGCUGACCACAGAGGUGUCCAGUCACGACGCCCAGGUGGUCUGGAUGAAGAACGGACGAGAGCUGAAGAUGGGCAAGAAGUAUGAGUGCAUAACCACUGACCGCAAGAGGAUCCUGGUGGUACAUAAUGUCACCGAAGAGGACACAGGCAUCUAUGAGUGUGCCUUAAAAGAAGACAAAAUGACCCUGCAGCUUUCUCUAAAAGAUGAAGUUAGGUUCCUGAACAAGCCCAAGGGUCUCAUGGGGGUUGCAUCUGCCCAAAGCGGAGAUCUUGUGUUGAACUGUGAGGUGUCCUCUGCCAGUGGGGUGGUUGUGUGGAAGAAGGAUCAGACAGUGGUCUAUGCGGACCAAAGAACCACCAUUGUCUCCAAAGGGACACAGAGGUCACUGAUCAUCAAGAACGCCAAGAAAAGUGAUGAGGGACAGUACUCCUGCGAGACAGUAGGGGACAAAGUCACAUUCCAGGUCAAGAUAAAAGAAGCCCAGAAAGCAGCUUUCUCCAACAAGGAGUCUGUGCAGAGGGAAGUGAAAGCUGUUCUCUCCCAGAAAGCCACUCUGAGCUGUGAGGUGACUGAUGACAAGAUGGAGGUGAAGUGGUACAAGGACGGCAAACAGAUCAUUGCAAGUAAAACAAUAUAUAUGGAGAAAAAGGGAAAGAGUCGUCUGUUGGUAGUGGAAAAAAUUGCUAAAACGGAUGCUGGAGAGUACACCUGUGAGGCUGGAGCAGAGAAGCUUGUCUUUAAAAUACAUGUUUCAGAUGCCCAACAGUCUGCCUUCUCCAACAAGGAGUCUGUACAGAAGGAGGUGGAAGCUAGUCUAGGCCAGAGGGUAGCUUUGACCUGUGAUGUGUCCGAUGCCAAGACAGAGGUGAAAUGGUACAAGGAUGACAAACUGCUGACUUCAUCUAAGACAGUCCACAUGGAAACAAAUGGCAAGAAUCGUCAGCUGGUGAUAGAGAAGGUAGAGAAGAAGGAUGCUGGCCAGUACACCUGUGAGGUUGGACCUGAGAAACUAUCCUUUAAGAUGAAGGUGACUGAAGCCCAGGCCUUUUCCAACAAAGAGUCUGUACAGAAGGAGGUGAAAGCUAUGAUCUCCCAAAAAGCUACUCUGAGUUGUGAGGUGUUUGAUCCCAAGACAGAGGUGAAAUGGUACAAGGAUGACAAGCUACUGACUCCUAAUAAAAGAGUAUUCAUGGAAACAAAGGGCAAGCGUCGUCAGCUACUGAUAGAGAAGGUAGAGAAGAAGGAUGCUGGCAAAUACAUCUGUCAUGCUGGAGUAGAGAAGCUUGUCUUUGACGUGCAGGUGGCAGAAGAACAACAGGCCGCCUUCACCAACAGGGAUUCGGUACAAAAAGAGAUAAAAGCUACUCUCUCCCAGAAAGCCACUCUGACCUGUGAAGUGAUCGAUAACAAGACAGAGGUGAAAUGGUACAAGGACGGCAAACUGCUGACAUCCAGUAAGACUGUAUACACAGAGGCAAAGGGCAAGACUCGUAAUCUGGUGAUAGAAAAGGUGGAGAAGAAGGAUGCUGGUGAAUACAGCUGUGAGAUUGGAGCUGAAAAGCUAGCAUUCAAGAUACACGUGAUAGAAACUCAGACAGCCUUCUCCAACAAAGAGUCUGUACAGAGGGAGGUCAAUGCAACUCUCUCCCAGAAAGCCACUCUGAGCUGUGACGUGUCUGAUACCAAGACAGAGGUGAAAUGGUACAAGGAUAGCAAGCUACUGACUAACUCUAAAACAGUCCACAUGUUGUCAAAGGGCAAGACUCAUCAGCUGGUCAUAGAGAAUGUAGAAAAGAAGGAUGCUGGCCAGUACACUUGUGAGGCUGGAGGAGAAAAACUUGUCUUCAAGAUUCAGGUGGCAGAAACUCAAGCAGUUUUCACAAACAAGGAGUCUGUACAGAAGGAGGUGAAAGCUACUCUCUCCCAGAAGACAGUAUUAAACUGUGAAGUGUCUGACACCAAGACAGAGGUGAAAUGGUACAAGGACGGCAAACCUCUGACAUCCAGCGAGACAGUCCACAUGGAAACACAUGACAGGACUCGUCGAGUGGUGUUGGGUGCUGUAGAGAAGGGAGAUGCUGGCGAGUACACCUGUGAGGUUGGAGAAGAGAAAGUUGCCUUUAAGGUUAAGGUGUCAGAGGUCCAGGCUGCCUUCGCCAAUAAGGAAUCUGUACAGAAGGAGGUGAAAGCUACUCUCUCCCAGAAAGCCACUCUGAGCUGUGAUGUAUCCGAUUCCAAGACAGAGGUGAAAUGGUACAAGGACGGCAAACUGCUGACUUCAUCUAAGACAGUCCACAUGGAAACAAAGGGCAAGAAUCGUCAGCUGGUGAUAGAGAAGGUAGAGAAGAAGGAUGCUGGCCAGUACACCUGUGAGGUUGGACCUGAGAAGUUGGCCUUUAAGUUACAGGUUGCAGAAUCCUCAGCCAAGUUUAAAAAGACUGCUUUGAAGGAUACAUGUGUCCAAGCAGGUCAGGAAAUAGUUUUGACCACUGAGUUGACUUUGGAAACUGCCAGUGUUAAGUGGUUCAAGGACGGAGUGGAGUUAAAGGAGGGCCCUAAGUACGAGAAGAGGACAGAGGGAUAUUCUCGUACCCUCCUUGUGAAGUCCAGCGAAGUCAGAGACACUGGCACCUACUCUUGCCGCACUGCUGAUGACAAGCUUGAGUUCAGUGUUCAAGUCAAAGAUUCACCUCUGAAGUUUGUGGUGAAGUUGCAGCCUAUAGCCAUGGAGCUGGGCAGUACCCUAACCCUGACUUGUGAACUGAACCGAGCCUCAGGGGAUGUGCUCUGGCGCCACAACCACAGUGAGGUCAAACCUGGAGGCAGGUUCCGUGUCAGCGCUGACGGGCCCAAGCGGACCUUAACAGUAACAAGCCUGGCCAAAGAGGAUGAGGGAGAGUACAGCUGUGAAUGCAAAGAUGAUAAGACCUCUGCCAAGGUGUCCAGCAAAGCGCCUAAACUGGUAAAGCUGACUUCCAAGCUGAGCAACAUAGCCGCAGUGGAGGGAAAGGAUGCCCUCUUCAGGUGUAGUGUCACCCCAGCCGACGUCUGUGUAAAGUGGCUUCACAACAAUGUGCCCAUAACUGCUGGGCCCAAAUAUAAGAUUGAGCACGGGGGCACCAGCCACUCCCUCACUAUUACCUCAGUCAGUCAGGUGGAUGCUGGAGAGGUCAGUGUAGAUGCAGGGGGCAAGACCUGCAGCGCCACUCUCCAGGUUCAACUGGAACCUGUGAUGUUCAAGAAAAAGCUGCAGAAUGUGAGUGUGGUGGAGGAUGAAAAAGAGGUGAAGCUGGAGGUGGAGCUGAGUAAGCCCUCUAAAGAGGUCAGGUGGAUGAAGAACAGUGUGGUACUGCAGCCUGGAGACAACAUGGAGAUAAGGGUGGAUGGGGCCAAGCAGACCCUGGUUUUCAAGAGUGUGACCACCACCGACCGCGGAUACUACUCCUGUGAGACUCUGGAUGACAAGACCCAAGCCAAACUCAUUGUGGAUGUGAAAAAGAUUGAAGUGGUGAUGGGCCUGCUGGCAGAAGUCAAGGUACAUGAGAAGGAGACAGUGACCCUGGAGUUGGAGCUUAGUCAGGCUGAAGUGGAGGGCAUCUGGACCAGGGAUGGCCUCAAGCUCAAAGCAGGUCCGAACUGCCGUAUUACAGCCAUAGGGAAGAAGCAUGCCCUUACACUGUCCCAGCUCAAGAUGGAGGAUGCAGGAAUUAUUGCAUUCCAAGCUGAUGGGGUCAAGACUUCCACCAAGCUCAUUGUUACCGAACCUGCUGCAUUGAUCUCUAAACCCAUGGAAGAUGUUAAAGUUCCAGAGAAGGAGAAGGCUACACUUGAAUGUGAGGUGUCCAGAACCAAUGCUCAGGUCAAGUGGUUUAAGGGUGACAAUGAGCUGAAACCAGGAAAGAACUUGGGCAUCCACUCUCAGGGUCGUAUACACAGCCUGAUUAUCCACAAAUGUUCCAAAGAAGAUGAGGGCACAUACAUCUGCCAAACCUGUGAUGACAACUCAUCAGCUAAACUCACUGUUCAUGCCAGAGACAUUAAGAUAGUUAAGAAGCUGGUGGAUCUGGAAGUAAUGGAGAAGGAGAGCGCUUCCUUCGUCUGUGAGAUCUCUCACGAUGACGUGGACUGCCAGUGGUUCAAAGGCGACACCAAACUCAAAGUCAGUGACAAUAUCAAGAUGAGACAAGAGGGUAAAAUCUAUGUGUUGCUGUUUAAGUCAGUGACCACAGCGGAUGUGGGUGAGAUUAUAUUCACUGCUGAGAAAGCAACAUCAACGGCCAAACUAAAUGUGAAAGAGCUUCCUGUCCGGUUUGUGAAAAAGCUCAGGGAUAAGUUAGCGAUGCAUUCACACCGUGGGUUCCUGGAAUGCCAAGUGUCUCGGGCCAGCGCCAAAGUCAAGUGGUACAAGAACAAGAAGGAAAUCAAGCCCAGCAAAAAACACGAGAUCAGUAGUGAGGAUGUAUACCGCAAACUCACCAUCAACGAUGUAGGCUCAGAUGACGAGGAUACUUACACCUGUGACGCAGCUGACGACAAGACAUCCUGCAAACUUCUUGUGGAAGAACAGGCCAUUAGCAUUGUACGGGAGCUAAGUGCUGUGGAAGUGACUGAGCCCUUCGCUGCCUUCUUCGAAGUGGAGAUCAACAUUGAUUCAGUUAAGCCCCCCAAGUGGAGCCUGAAUGGUGUGGCCGUGCAGGAGAGCGCUGAUGUGGAGAUGGAGAAGGAGGGAACCAUGCACCGCCUCACUUUCAAGAAGACCAAGGCCUCCAUGACGGGACCUGUCCAGUUUACGGCUGGAAAGAGCAAGUCUGUGGCACAGCUUACUGUCAAAGAGCGCCCUCUUGAGAUUGUAGAUCCCAUUAAAAAUGUAACAGCCAAGGAAAGGUGCUCCGCCACUCUGAGCUGCAGGUUCUCCGCUGCACCCAAGGAGGUGAGCUGGUUCAAAGGCCAAACCCUACUUGUGGCUUCAGACAAGUACAGCCUGAAACAAGACGGUGUGAAGGCUCAGCUGACCAUCCAGAAGUUGACUGGGGAAGACACUGGAGAGUACUGCUGUCAAUCGGCUGCUGCCAGGACCAAGGCUACACUUACUGUAGAAGUUCGAAAAGUGGAGAUCACUAAACACCUGGCUGACAUUGAGGUGGAUGAGGAAAACGAUGCAGUGUUAACCUGUGAGAUCAACUUUGCUGAUGAGGAGGUGCAAUGGCUGCUCAAUGACAAAGCACUCUUCUCCAAUGAAGUUAACAACAUCACACACGUGGGCAAAGUACACACGCUCACACUGAAGAACCUGGCACCUGAUGAUGGGGGCACCAUCACUUUCAAGGUCAGGGAUGUCAAGGAAUCUGUCACCCUAAAAGUAAAAGAGAAGCGUGCAGUGUUCCUCAAGUCUCUGGAUGACGUGGUGGGUGAGGUGAAAGGUGUGAUCACUCUAGCAUGUGAGGCCUCCAAGACCAGGGUGUCUCCAACCUGGAGGAAAGAUGGUACAGUCCUGACCACUGGGACUAAGUAUGAGGUCCUGCACACAGGCAAGUCCCUGGGCCUGAUCAUUAAAGAUGUUACCAAGGAAGAUGCAGGGGAGUACAGCUGUGACCUGGGAACUGAGAUUUCAAAGUCAAAGGUCACUGUGAGAGACCUGACUAUAGGUAUCACCAAGCAGCUGAAGUCUGUGGAGGCGAUGGAGAGUGAGACAUGUAGCUUUCAAUGUAUUCUGUCGAGGGAGAGCACUGACGAGUAUUCCUGGAACUUGAAUGGCCAGACCAUCACAAAUGGUGGACGCUUCCAGGUCUCCAGUACAGGUCGGAAAUACACCCUGGUUGUCAAGGACGUGACGCCAGAGGAUGCUGGUGAGGUGGUUUUCAACAUCAAGAACCUGAACUCCAGGGCAACCCUUGCUGUUAAAGAUAAAGCCCAAUCAAUUUUACGGGACCUGCAGGACGUCAGUGCAGUCUCGGGGGAAGACGCUGUGUUUACUUGUGAGGUCAGACAGACCAACGCAAUUGUCCAGUGGGCGAAGGAUGGGAAGGACAUAAGGAAGAGUGAAAAAUAUGAGAUCAGCAAAGAGGGGAGGGUCAUGAAGUUGAUCAUUCACAGGAUCACUGUUCAGGACUCUGGGGUAUAUAGUUGUGAGGUCAUUGGAGGGGCCACGACCAAAGCCAAGCUGGAGAUCAAAGAGCCAGUCCAUAAGUUCACCAAGGAGCUGGAAGACAGAGAUGCAGAAGAGAAGAGCACAGUGACCCUGCAAUGUGAGACUGCUCAGCCUGCCUCCAAAGCAACUUGGUACAAAGAUGGUGUAGAGCUCAAGUCUGGGGGUCGCUAUGAGAUAAACCACAGGGGGACCGUCCUUGCCCUGACAAUCAAACAGCUAGAGGAGAAAGACAGCGGGGCUUACACUUGUGACGUAGGCACUGCCAAGAUGACCGCAAAGCUUACAGUCCAAGCCUUGCCUCCCAGCUUUAAACAGAAGCUGAAAAACAAGCAAGCUAAUGAAGGGGAGAUGGUCACUCUCUGCUGUGUGUUGUCUAAACCUGGGGCCAAGGUUCAUUGGAAGAAAUGCACUGAGAAUCUCAAAGUUGGAGCCAAAUAUGAUAUGAAGCAAAAGGAGGCCUCCUGUGAGCUUCAGAUAAACAAUCUGACGGUUAAAGACAGUGGAGAGUACUCCUGUGAGUGCGGAGACCAGAAGACCACAGCAACUAUAACAGUCAAUGCAAUUCCUGUGACCUUCAAACGCAAGCUGCAGAGCCAAGAGGCUGAGGAGGGGGCCAGAGUUACCCUGCACUGUGAGCUCUCUAAACCUGGGGUGUCUGUGGAAUGGAGGAAGGGAACACAGGUGUUGAAGUCUGGGGAAAAGUACCAGAUGAAUCAAAAAGACUCAGUGAGUGAACUCCUGAUCAGCAAAGUUGAACCAGAAGACAGCGGAGACUACAGCUGUGUGUGUGGAGACCAGAAGACUACAGCCAAACUGAAAAUCUGUGCUCAGCCAGUGACAUUCAUGAAAAAGCUGCAGAGCCAAGAGGCUGAGGAGGGGGCCAGUGUUACCCUGCACUGUGAGCUCUCUAAACCUGGGGUAUCUGUGGAAUGGAGGAAGGGAACACAGGUGUUGAAGUCUGGGGAAAAGUACCAGAUGAAGCAAAAAGACUCAGUGAGUGAACUCCUGAUCAGCAAAGCUGAACCAGAAGACAGCGGAGACUACAGCUGUGUGUGUGGAGACCAGAAGACUACAGCCAAACUGAAAAUCUGUGCUCAGCCAGUGACAUUCAUGAAAAAGCUGCAGAGCCAAGAGGCUGAGGAGGGGGCCAGUGUUACCCUGCACUGUGAGCUCUCUAAACCUGGGGUAUCUGUGGAAUGGAGGAAGGGAACACAGGUGUUGAAGUCUGGGGAAAAGUACCAGAUGAAGCAGAAAGACUCAGUGAGUGAACUCCUGAUCAGCAAAGCUGAACCAGAAGACAGCGGAGACUACAGCUGUGUGUGUGGAGACCAGAAGACUACAGCCAAACUGAAGAUCUGUGCUCAGCCAGUGACGUUCAUGAAAAAGCUGCAGAGCCAAGAGGCUGAGGAGGGGGCCAGUGUUACCCUGCACUGUGAGCUCUCUAAACCUGGGGUGUCUGUGGAAUGGAGGAAGGGAACAAAGGUGUUGAAGUCUGGGGAAAAGUACCAGAUGAAGCAGAAGAAAUCUGUGAGUGAACUCCUGAUCAGCAAAGUUGAACCAGAAGACAGCGGAGACUACAGCUGUGUGUGUGGAGACCAGAAGACUACAUGCAGUCUCAAGGUUAAGGCUCUCAAGACUUCAGCUCCAUCUAUAGGUUCCAAACAGGUGGAGCCACUGAACAAAGAGACAAAAAGAGGAGAUGUUUUGAAACCUCCAAUCCCUGAAGUUACACCACUGGAUGCCCUGAAGCAGGAGACCAAACAGACAGAAGCACCGAAGCCACCCUCUCCCUCACUCAUCUCAGAAAAAGACAUCAAGAAGCAGAAGGUCAAAAAGGAAGAAGUGUCUGUAGUUCCAACGCCUGUGGGUCCUGUAGUCCCUAAAGAAGGGCAUAUCAAGUUGGAGACAAAGGGAGCAGUAGAAGUCUGUGCUCCUUUAGUCACUCCCAGAAAGCAGGAGCUUCUGAAGCAAGCAACCAAAGAGCCCUACAAGGAGACAGUUGAAAAGAAGACAGAAGUAGAUGUGCAUGCCUCUAAUCCUGUUGCUCCUGCCACUCUUAAAAUGGAGCCCCUGAGGGAGGAGACAUUUGCAAAGGAGGCCGUUCUAAAAGCUCAUGCUCUUCCAGUCACAUUCACCCAAGACCUGCAGAGCCAAGAGGUUGAGGAGGGGGCCAGAGUUACCCUGCACUGUGAGCUCUCUAAACCUGGGGUAUCUGUGGAAUGGAGGAAGGGAACACAGGUGUUGAAGUCUGGGGAAAAGUACCAGAUGAAGCAAACAGGAUGUAGCAUGGAGAUGCAGAUUUGUGAUUUGAAACCUGAAGACACGGGAAGCUACCACUGUCAAACUGGAGACACAGAGACCUCGGCUUGCCUGAAAGUGAAUGCUAUCCCAGUCAUUUUCACCAAAGAACUGCAGAGCCAAGAGGCUGAGGAGGGGUCCAGUGUUACCCUGCACUGUGAGCUCUCUAAACCUGGGGUGUCUGUGGAAUGGAGGAAGGGGGAGGUGGGUCUAUGUGCCUGUGCCAAGUAUGAAAUCCUCCAGGAAGGGCACAGCGUCAGACUAGUCAUCCACAGCUUAGACCCAGAAGACUCUGGCUGCUACACCUGUGACAGUGGUGACCGGAAAUCCACAGCACACCUUGCUGUAAAGGCCCUACCAGUUUAUUUCAAAACCCGACUACAGAAUCUAGACUGGGACGCAGAUGAGAUUGCAAUCCUCCGAUGUGAAAUCACCAAACCCGGGGCCAGCGUUGUCUGGAGCAAGGGCACCAGGGUUCUGGAGUCUAACAACAAGUAUCAGCUGAAACAGGAAGGGGCCGUCGUAAAGCUGAUCAUCUAUAACCUACAAGGUUCUGACUCUGGGGAGUAUAUCUGUGAUACGGGUUACCAGAAGACUUGUUCCACGCUCACCGUGCAGGAGCUGGUGACCAUAGUGAAGGUCUUGAACAGCUGUUCGGUACUUGAAGGGGAGGAUGUCUACUUUGAAUGCCAUCUGUCUCAUGAGAAUGCCAAGGACGUCCAGUGGAAGCUUGCUGACGUCCCUCUGCAGAACAAUGAGAUGAACUUGAUCCGUGCCCAGGGCAAGGUGCACAGCCUCACCCUCAGGGGGGUCACCCAGGCCGACUCGGGCACUGUGACCUUCACCGUGGGCCGUCAUACCUCCACCGCCAGCCUGACCGUCCGAGGGGCCCCUGUGGUGUUCAAGAAGGAGCUGGAGAGCCAAGAGGCAACGCAGGGGGGUAGUGUCUCCCUGACCUGUGAGAUAAGUGCUGAGAGCAUGGUGACCUGGAGAAGGGGCUCUGUGCUCCUCACCGAGGGGGAUAAGUAUUCCUUGGAGCACAAGGGUACCGUCUACACCCUGACAAUUCACAACCUGAAGGCUGUGGACGCUGGGGAGUACACCUGUACUACUGGGGACAAGCAGAGCACUGCCACCCUGACCGUCAAAGAGUCGGUACGCAUUAUUCGGGAGCUACACGACAUCACAGUGACUACCGGGCAGAAUGCUGUGUUCGCGUGUGAGUUGUCCCAGGAGGACGUGACCAAUGGAGAAUGGUGGCUGGGCGAUAACCUCCUCCAGAACAAUGACCUGAACCAGAUGACCUGUCAGGGCAGAGUUCACCGGCUGACCCUCCAGAUGGUCACUCCGGAUGAUUCAGGGGACGUGGCGUUUGUGGUGGGCGACGAGAAAACUGUUGCCAGCUUACUGGUGGAGGAGAAGCCCAAAGCGUUAAUCCUAGAGAAGCCUCACGAUACAGUGGCCCUGGAGGGCGAGACAGUUACCCUGUCCUGCACAGUCUCCGAGCCAGUGGCCACUGUCACCUGGAGCAGGAAUGAUGUGGCCAUCAAAGCAGGACUUAAGUAUGACCUGCGGAAGAAUGGAACUCUUCAGCAGCUCCGCAUACACAGCCUGGAGAUGGAGGACUCUGGGACUUACUGCUGUGAUACCGGGGAUGAGAAGUGCACCGUCACAUUGACUGUGGAAGGUGCCCCGGCCUUCUUCCAGAAGGAGCUGAAGAACCAGGAAGCCCAGGAGGGUGAUGAUGUCGCUCUGCGCUGUGAGCUCUCCAGGUCGGGCGUUCAUGUGGAGUGGAGGAAGGGAGGCGUAGUCCUCCAGGCUGGUAAGAAGUAUGAGAUGAGGCAGGAGGGCUGCGUUCAUGAGCUCAUCGUUCACAACCUGGAGCCAGAGGACAACGGCUACUAUACCUGCGAUGCUGGCGACCAGCUGACCACGGCAUCGCUGACAGUGCAAGAGGCAGAGGUCCUCAUAGUGCAUGGCCUAAAGAGCAUCGAUGUCUUUAUGGGCGAGUGGGCCACCUUCUCCUGCCAGCUGUCCCAAGGCGUACGGGCUGGGGAGGUGCAGUGGUGGCUGGACGGAACGCUUCUCCAGAACAGCCGCUCCAGUGAGAUAGGCCUGAGCCCCAACCAUGUCCACACCCUCACCCUGAAAGACCUGACUCCGGACGCCUCGGGCACAGUCACGUUCAAAGCACGAAGUCUGGUGUCCUAUGCCAAACUCUUAGUCAAAGCGGGAGAGACCUGUUUUGCUAAAUUAUACCCCACGAUAGAGGUGGUGAGCGAGAUGCAGGACCUUCGAGUGGCUGAGGACAAGCCUGCUGAGUUCAUCUGCCAGUACUCCCGGCCGGUCAAGGCCCAGUGGAAGAAAGACGGCCGGCCAUUGCAGCCUGACGGCAAGAGGGUGGUAGUGGAGCAGGACUGGACUGUGGCUCGCUUGUACAUAAGCCAUGUGUCCACUGAGGACAGGGGGACAUAUUCCUGUGAGGCAGAGGGGACCUGCGUGGUCGCCUCGCUGGAGGUGGAAGCCAAACCCAUUGAAAUUGUCCAAGGCCUUGAGAACAUGGACACCAUUGAUGGUGGCGAAGCCCUGUUUGAGUGCUCCAUCUCUCGCUGUGAGGUAAAAAGCUGCCGCUGGCUCAUUAACGGCAAGCUGGUGAAGAAUUCCCCCACCACCGAGAUUGUAUCCUUUGAGAGUGGCCGCCGCCACCUGCUCCUGCUGAAGGACCUACAUGUCGGGGACAGCUGCCAAGUUACCUUCCAAGCUGGCACCGCGUCCACCUCGGCCAUGCUCAACGUCAAAGGAUGGCAGUUGGAUGUGGUGAACAACCUGGAGGAUAAGGUAGCUGUUGUGGGAGAGAAGGUGGAGUUCAGUUGCAUGCUGACGGAGCCUGUACCUGAGGCGGAGGUAGCGUGGUACGCUAACGGAGCAGAGCUAAAGAACGACCACACCUGGGCCAUGUGGGCUGAUGGCUGCACCUACCACCUGGUGCUGAGAAAGGCUCCAGCCAUGCUUCCACAGGAGAUUACCUUCGCUGCCAGGAACACCAUCUCCAUGGCCAAGCUCACUGUCAUCUCUGUUCCCGACCCCCCUGAGGACCCAGAGCUAGUCAGUAAGAGUAAACAGGGGGUGACCCUUUCCUGGUUUACACCCCUCAGCGAUGGUGGCAGCCCUAUUCUGGGCUACAGUGUGGAGAUGAGGCUGGCAGACAGCACCCUCUGGCUUCCAUGCCAUACAGAGCCUGUGUGUAAUACAGAGUUCUCUGUUGAUAACCUCAUCCCUGGGAGCGGCUACAGGUUCCGGGUGGCUGCCAUCAACAGAGCUGGGACUGGAGAACCUGUCCAGCUGCCCCAGACUGUGCAUCUGGAGGCUCCGGUGACAGUGACUAAGCAGCUGUCCUGUACAGUCCUGGAAGAGGGUAAGAUGGCCCGUGUGGAGUGCCAGCUCUCUGCUGAAGGCAUCUCGGUCACCUGGCUCAAAGACAACAAGGAGCUAGAGUUUGGAGUCAAAUACCAGGCCACAACAGAGGGAAAAACACAGGUGCUGCUGAUCAAAAACUUUGUGUCUGCUGACCAGGGCGUGUACACCUGUGUGGCCUCAGACGAGGCAGAAAGCUCCAUUAACCUCAACCUACCAAAAGCUGUAGGUGGAGAUGUGGUUAAGUUGGAGGAGGGGGCCCAGCCCAGCCUUCCUCCUGAGGCUGCCUCUGAGGGUGAUGUCCACAUGCUGUGGGAGGCUCUGGCAAAGAAACGCCGCAUGAGCAGGGAACCUACUCUUGAUUCCAUCUCUGAGCAGCCAGAUGAGGAGGACAAGACGCCCAAGACAUCCCAGGAGACAGUCAAGGGGGAAGCGCCAGAGAAAGUGGUAGAGGUGAAGGCAUCAGAGAAAGUGGUAGAGGUGAAGGCGUGGGAAAAAGUGGUGGAGGUAAAGGCACCAGAGAAAGUGGUGGAGGUGAAGGCACCACAAAAAGUGGUGGAGGUCAAGGUGCCAGAGAAAGUGGUGGAGGUGAAGGCACCACAAAAAGUGGUUGAGGUGAAGGUGCCAGAGAAAGUGGUGGAGGUGAAGGCACCACAAAAAGUGGUGGAGGUGAAGGCGCCAGAGAAAGACAAUGUGAACAAAAUGGAAAAGGAGAAGCUUGUGAAGCCGGUCAUCGUCCCUAUGAAGAAAGACUUGGAACCCAACCUGUACACAAGCUCUGAAGACGAAUCCAGACCCCCAACUCUGGUGUCCUACCUGAAGAAGAGCAGCAAGUCCUCUCUCUCCGUGUCCAACCAGACAGAGUCAAUGUCCACUGAGAAGUUCUAUGCACAUUUCGAGUUAAAGGAGCAAUCCACGCACCAACAGACCUCAUCUUCGGUCACUGCCCAGACCACCGAAGGCAUCAUGACGGUCACUGGCGACACAGCCGAAGACAAGGGACUUCUGGACGCUGCUGUCAAGAUCCAGGCUGCCUUCAAGGGCUACAAGGCCCGCAAGGACAUGCGUCCAGUGUUCAAGGAGGUCUUCAAGGACCAGACCAAGGAGCCCAACGGCACCAUCCACCUGGAGUGCGUGGCUGAGGGCAAGCCCGAGAAGGUGCGCUGGUUGAAGGACGGCGAGCCCCUUGCAGACGGCAAGCACCACCACAUCGACAUCUACAACGAUGGCACCUGCUCUCUGGUCAUCACCGCCAUCACCACCAAGGACACCGGUGUCUACACGUGUGAGGUCACCAACAAGUUCGGGGUGACCACCCACAGCGGCAAGGUAACUGUGGGUUCUGCGCGGGAGGAAUCUGGGCGGAGGCCCCUGACCAUGGGCUACAGUGCCGACAGCGAAGCGGAGAGCUCCUCAGCUGAGAGUGAGAUGGAUGAGUCUCUAAGGCAGGCCAGCAAACGGCUGCGCCGGCUCCUGCGCACUCGCUUGCCCGCCACGUCGGAGGAGGAAUCGUUCGUCAGCUGCGACGACGAGGGUGAGCUGCAGAUCCCUGACCCCAAAUCGUACCGUGAGGAUGAUCGCUACAUCUACAUCCGCUUUGACUCACGCUCUGAGGCCCAGGUGGCAUCUCAGCGUUUCCAGGAGAUGUUCACGGCUCAGGGGGUACCAGUGGAGACCACCAUCCAGGAGGCCGGACCUCUUAAAGUGGAAUUGCGUAUUAUGAAAAUGGGAUACACUCAAGAUGGCUCUGCAACACCCACACAGGAGAAACAGCUGCCCGCAUUGAUGGCAGGAGCCCCUGCGGCCCCAGUCUUCCUGACUGAACUCCAGAGCCAGGACGUGCCUGACGGUUACCCCGUCAGCUUUGAUUGCGUGGUGAUCGGGAAGCCUCCACCCAGCGUGCGCUGGUUCAAGGACGGGAAGCUUCUGGAAGAAAACGACCACUACAUGAUCAAUGAGGACCAGGAGGGCUGCCAUCAGCUCAUCAUCACCACUGUGCUACCUUCGGACAUGGGCGUCUACCGAUGCAUGGCUGAGAACACCAGAGGAACCGCCGCCACCAAGGCUGAGCUCAGGGUCGACAUUUCUUGCAGCUCUGACUAUGAUACUGCAGCUGAUGCCACUGAGACGUCCUCCUACAUCAGUGCCAAGGGCUACAUGUCUAGGGAAACUGAAGCGUUUGAGUCUGUGGCAGAGGACGAGCAGAUGCCACAAGUAAUUGAUGAGCUCCAUGAUGUGCAUGUCAGCCCAGGCUCACCCAUUGCUAAAAUGCAACUUAAAGUUAAAGGGUUCCCCCAGCCAAGAGUGUACUGGUUCAAGGAUGGCCAUCCGCUACGUUCCUCAGACAGGGUCCUGCUGAUGGACAAGAGUGAUGUCCACAGCAUGGAGAUCCUGGAGGUGAAGAAGGAAGACACGGGAGAGUACUCUGCUUACAUCAGCAAUCCUGCUGGCUCUGCAUACUCUUCUGCACGGCUUCUGGUUCAGGGUCCAGGAGAGCUUACUCCAGUCGAGAAACAUGAUCCAAAGGUACCACUGGUGCCACCACGGUUCCUGGAGAGGUUCAGCAACCGAAAGGUUAAACAGGGAGCCAGCGUCACCAUGUCUGUCAGAGUGGAAGGUUCUCCCACCCCCAUGGUAACCUGGCUGAAGGAGGAAUCUGCUAAGGACGUAUUGUGGAUUAAGCCAGACACUAAGGGCUAUAAGGUGGCCAGCUCUGGGCGCCAACACAGCCUCAUCCUCAUGGACGUAGAUUCUCGGCACACAGGCACCUACACCUGCAUAGCCACAAACAGGGCGGGGCAGUCCAUCUGCACUGCCCUCUUUGAGGUGGAGGACGUGGCACCACCACCAAAAGAAGACACCCACAUCCCUCUGGGGAUUACUAUCAGCCCUCCAGAGGAGGAGACUGGCAAAGGAAAAAUGCCUUAUCUGGGUGAAGUUGGAACGGAAGAGUUCCUUAUGAAACUUACCUCCCAGAUCACAGAGAUGGUAUCUGCCAAGAUCAGCCAAGACAGCGCACAGAACCAUCAAGUGCUCCAGUGGAUGAAAUCAUGGCCCAAAGCCUCCACCUCACUGCGUGUCCCGGGAGGCGAUAGCGACGAUGAGACCAAGACACCCUCCCCCUCGCCGCACCACGGACGCUCUCGUCCUGGCUCCAUCCUUGCUGAAUCCUCUUCCGAGUCUGACGACCCAGAUGCCAGAGGAGAGAUGUUUGACAUCUACGUGGCUACAGCUGAUUACAACCCCACCAUCCCCAGCAAAGAGACCAUUUCACUGAAAGAGGGCCAAUAUGUUGAGGUUCUGGACUCAGCACACCCACUCAAAUGGCUGGUCCGGACCAAACCAACCAAAACCACCCCAUCCCGCCAAGGCUGGGUCUCACCUGCCUACCUGGACAAGAAACUCAAGCUGUCUGCCGAUGCUGGUGAUAUUCCUGAGCCUGGUGGAGAAGAGUUGUCAGAAGGAGAGUACAAGAAGAGGCUGCUCCAACUGAUCCAGGACAUGAUCAGCAGUGAGGAAGAGUUUGUCAAAGAGAUGGACUUCUUCACCUCCCACCAUGUAAAGCAAGUGGAGAGCCCAAGUGCUCCAUCUGAUGUCACCAGCCAGAAGGAGGUCAUAUUCAGAAACAUAAAUGACAUCAAGGCCUUUCAUGACAAAUCCAUGCUCCCUAAGUUGAAGGAGUGUGACACAGAUGACGAUGUGGCCAUGCGGUUCCUCAGAAGCACAGAGGGCUUUGAGAAAUACCUCCAUUACAUCAUAGGGCAGCAAAAGGCUGAGGAUGCUAUCAGUGACAAGACCAUACACAGCUUCUUUAAAGAAUACACAGACAAAGAACAGGCCACUACAGACCCUGCUGAAGGUCCUGUACUGAGCAUCAACGCCUACCUACAGAGACCUUUGGACAGAAUCCAGAAGUACAAGGCCUUGCUCAAGGAGCUCAUCAGAAACAAAGCCAGGAAUGGUCAGAACUGCUGUCUGCUGGAGGAGGCCUAUGCCAUGGUUUCAUCCCUACCGCAGCGCUCUGAGAACACACACCAUGUCUCCAUGAUAGAGAACUACCCAGCCAAUCUGGAUGUAUUGGGGGAGCCUAUCAGACAGGGCCCGUUCAUGGUGUGGGAGGGAGCACCAGGGGUAAGGUCGUCCUCCAGAGGCCACCACCGCCACGCAUUCCUCUUUAAAAACUACGUCAUCAUCUGCAAAUCCAAGAGAGACACUAACUCAGACACCCAGAGCUACGUCUUUAAGAACAUGAUGAAGCUGAACAACAUAGACGUGAAUGAGACAGUGGAGGGUGACGACCGGGCCUUUGAGAUCUGGCACGAGCGUGAAGACUCUGUCAGGAAGUACACGCUACAGGCUCGGACCGUCUUCAUCAAGAACUCCUGGCUGAGAGACCUCAGAGAGCUGCAGCAACGAUACACCAUCCCUGCCUGGAGUAUGCCUGACUUUGAUGAGCUUCUAGCUGACUGCACGGCAGAGCUGGGACAGACGGUGAAACUUGCCUGCAAGGUUACUGGAGUGCCCAAACCUGUUGUCAUUUGGUACAAGGAUGGGCGUCCAGUAGAGGCUGACCCUCACCACAUCAUCAUCGAGGACCCAGACGGUUCCUGCACCCUGAUUCUGGACAACAUGACGGCCAGCGACUCUGGACAGUACAUGUGCUUCGCCACCAGCACAGCAGGCAACGCAAGCACUCUGGGAAAGAUCACUGUCCAAGUGCCUCCUCGUUUUGUGAACAAGAUAAGGAAUGCCGUGUUGGUCGCUGGUGAAGAUGUGCAGUUCUCCUGCACCAUUCAAAGCGCCCCCAGCCCCAAGAUCAGGUGGUUCAAGGAUGGGCGGCUUUUGACUGACCAGGAGAGGUAUCAGACCUACAGUGAGACUCGCAGUGGAGUCCUGGUGCUUGUCAUUAAAGGCCCUACGGAGAGAGACCUGGGACACUACGAGUGUGAGUUGUCCAAUCGACUGGGCAGUGCUAAAUGUGCAGCUGAUCUGUGCCUACCUUCAGCUGUGGCUAGAAGAGGAGAGCAGGCGAUCACCAUUGAAGUCACAGAGCAGGAAACUAAAAUACCAAAGAAAACCAUAAUCAUAGAGGAGACCAUAACCACAGUGGUGAAGAACACGCGCAUGAAACGACGUGGCAUGUCCCCGUCUGGGUUCAACCGCUCAGAAACAUCCACCCCAGAUCUCCCCACCACCCCCACUGGCAUGGCCAGGCAGAGGAGGCAGGCUUCCAGCAGGAAAACUACCAUCCCCACCCUCUACGUCACAGAGCCCCAGGGGGCCACCGGGGCCCGGGCCGCGGACAACAAGUGGGUGGAGGUGGAGGAAAUCAUUGAGUACAAGGUCAACAAGUCACCCAGGCCACCCAGGAGGAGAGGGGUCUCCCCAGCCAGAGUGGAGAGGGUGAACACCCCCUCCUCCACCAGGCCACGGAGAACCCCCAACCCCAAUGCCAACAACUCCAACAACAAGCUGGUCGAGUUGCAGGGGGCCCAGUCCUGGGACGAUGACACAGUGGUUGAGACUGGAUCUGCUGUGGCCUCUGGACUCAGUGUAGAGAACCAAGAAGUCUCCACUGUUCUAGUCCCUAAUGAAUGUGAAGAGGAUGAGGCCUGGCUAGAGGAACAGCAAGAGGCCAUUGUUGCAGAACCAGAUGACGACGACACCAAAACACUCAAGGAUCUGGAGCCCAAGAUCCUGACCCAAGGCGGUCGUGUUCUCACCCUGGAAGACCUGGAGGACUACAUUCCCAGGGAGGGGGAGACCUUUGGCUCCUCCAAUACCCCCUUGUCCCCUGACGAGAGGCCCUGUGAGAUCUCAGUGCUCCAGAGGGAGAUUGGGGGCUCUGCUGUUGGCCAGCCAGUGCUGCUCAACUUGGGGAGGCCUGUGGUUGUGCCUCGUGAGAGGGCCAGACCUGGCUUCUUCACCCGCUUCAGAGAGCACUUCUCAGGCAGUGUGUUCUCCCCAGCCACUGCCCACCACCCCAGCGAAGCCCAGUCCAGGAGGGAGAUUCCCAUCCAGGUCAGCCACGCCAAGGUAGAGGUCAAGCCGUCAUACUGCUCUGAGGUGCAGAAAGUCAAAGGUGGACAGCAAAGUUACAAAACCAAGGUUUUCACUUCAGUGGGCAAGCCAGUCAAUCUUCAGAUUAGCAGUAAGAGCCAAUAUCAAAACCAAUAACCUAGUGUGUGAAAAUAUGUUUCAUUGUCUGAUGGCUUUAAACCAAGCUGGCUUUGAACCAAGCAGAUUGUUGUUAUUUAAUGAAACGUACAGAGUCGUGUUAGUCUUAAAUGGGAACAUGUCUACAUAGGUGUUCAAAAUCAUAUCUAACCUUGCAUUUUACUGCCAAUGGCAGAUCAUUCCAUUUUGAAGCAACCCUUCUGAAAGUAAAAUGCAGACACAGCAAGUCAGUCCUUUUAAAGACAAAACAUCAACAGAGGGUUGAAUAUGUUGUUUAGGCUAAAUGAUUUCCAACCAUCAUUACAUACUAUUCAGACUUCAAUUUGUUGUUGCCUUGCUUACCACAUAUUUGAUGUACUGAAAUAUACAGAAAAACAUGUUUUGUGACAUCAGCUGACAAACAAAAUCCAUCUUAUUUACCCUGAGAUGACAGAUGUUUUGCAUGUUAUAAUCUUGACUUCUGUUCCUUGGAGAACACCAGUCAAAAGCACUAUGUAUUUCUGUUUUCCACAGCUGAAAUGGAAUGCACAAAGGAUAUCUACCAUGACUUGUAGCAUAUCAGUUUGUACACAGACAUGGGUUUUAACAUUAAGUUACGAAACCAGUGACUUCAUAAAACAAAGAUGACAUUAUAAAAAUAGGCCAUCAGAUUUUAAAUGUUGUAAAGAAGGAAUAUUGGAAUACUUUUAUCUGAAGCAACUUGCUAUCAUGGAUGCAAAAAAAUAAGAUUGACAACAUUGAUAGAAGGAUGGAAAAAAGUAGAAAAGAACAUUGAUUAUCAGUGGCUGGAUUGUGUGAAACAUUGAGUAUCCACAUUAGACACUGUCUGGCUGAGAAUAUAAGAAGCAGAUAAGUCAUAUCCAUUGAUCAAUCAAUUUUACUUCAGAUUGUGUUGUCCGCUCCAACUAUGCGGAAAAGUUUGGAUUGUGUUAAAACAUUUCUAGAUGAGCAGAGCAUUAACACUAACUGUAUGUCACUUGUAGUGUGGAUGCUGGGAUGAUCUAGUUCUAUACAGGUCUCAUAUAAAUGGCCUCUGAUUAUUUCAGGUUAUCAGCAGUGGAUUGUCACAGGGGAUUUUGCUGAUUACGUUAGGGUAAAAUAAUAGAAAUAUUUUUUUGAAAAGUGGCAGCAUGGAAUGUGUUAGCUAUUGAAAAGUAAGUAAAUUAAUAUUCAUCCAAUUAAUAUAAUUUAAUAUAUUUGGUUAAUUUAAAAGGACAGCUAUAUAGUUUGGAGUGGGUUAUUUAUCAUACUGGAUUUAUGAACUUUGUUGCAUUAAUAUUUUGUUUAAAAAUAUCAAAAUGACUACUUACCAAAGUAAUGUGGGGCAGUUAAUUUUAACUUGUAAUAGCAUUGAAUUAUAUAUUUGUGUGGUUAGAAACGCAUAAGAUAAAUGGUUUUGGCUGUCUGCUAAUGUUAAUUUGAAGGACAUUGAGUACUUCAAGUGUUGAAUAUACCAAAAUAAAUGAAUUGCAAUUGAUGAA